AUGGCAGACCCUCGUAUACGUGCGCUUUUGGGUGCUGCGAUACUGGAAUAUGUGUCAGAUUGUUCAACGUUCGAGAGUGUGAGACAAGCCAUUAUAAAUUUUGAAGAAGAGGCGGACAGCAAAAAUGGUAGCGGAUUGGAGGUUUCCAGAGCGGUUUCAAGACGGUCUACCCUCGAAUUUGUAGACAUACGAUCGUUUAAUCGGAUAACAGGUCGCGGAACCAACCCUUCAAUAAUAUACCCAAACGAAGCUUUGUCAACUAUGACAUUGGGGGCUGGAUGGGCUGGUACGAUAUAUGAGAUCAUAGCGCUAGGCUUUCCGGAGUGCAUGCCCCCUUAUGAGGCUUGUGUUCUCAUGGAGCAAACAGCAGCCAUGAUGAAUUUUAUAGCAUCACUCCCUCGCGACCAGCGGACAAACACUCAAAACGCCCUAAUACCCGUUUGGUCCGAGCCGGGCACGGAUUUGGCGGUGGAUUUUAAGACGUUAUCAGAUUACAGCGAUAAUACUCGCGGACCAGAAUUGUCAGCCAUUGGGCAAUAUUCGGCAUCCCACAACAACCACUCUCGAUAUAUUAUGCUCGCUGUGUUCCUCGCUGCGGCUAGACUAGGAAAAACUCCAUUAUCGGGUUUUCGGGAUAUUCACUUGGCGAAGGCGAUCGAGCUAGCACCGAAAAUCCAGGUCCCUACGAACCGCCUAUGCACGCCACACGAAGACAGAAUGCCGCGAAUCACCAGCAUCAUUACCCAUUUAUGGGAGUACAUUGAACGCAGUAAUGACCAAAAAACAGAUGACUGUAUUGCGUCAGCACAGCGUGCAUUGCAUCGAGUCAUAGAUGAAGAAAUUCAAGGUAUCUGCUGGAUGAGGAAGGAUCCAGCAGUUUUAUGGGCGGUGUGCGCAGCACUGUUUUGGACUAUGUUGAACAUUGACGGAAUGGCUGCGUUUCUUCUUCAAGGAGACGCUUUCAAAUUUCUUGAAGUGGAAAGUGAUGGUUUCGAGGACUCUUGGUUAGAUGAGAUUUACGCCUCAAAGCCAGUGAAGCCUGAAUUGUAG